AUGAGCGCUGCUCACACAUGUGUUCGCAGCGCCUUGACACAGGCAUUUCGACCGUCUAACCGUGGAAUCGCUACUCCAUGUUCCGUCCCCGCCUUCCUUGUGCCCGCACUCGCUCGACCCCCAAGAUGUUCCUUCUCAUCUGGAAAACGCCGCUCGAAGGAACAACAGCCGCCCCCACAUCCUUCGAUAGACCCGCCGGAAGGUCUGCCUAUACUCGAUGCCCCCUCGAAGAUCACCCAUAAGCCAUUGCGCUCUCUCAUUCCAUUUCCGAAUGAUCGUGGUGAUAUCGAGCAAUGGCUGGCGGCCAUCGAACCCUUUCUCCCGGCUCACCUGCGACGAAUACCCUCGAACGAUCCCGAUGUAUCUUCCAAAGUGACAGCGGUCGACCUUUCUAUCGUGCUUGUCGCAAUUCAGGAUGCGUCUCUGGACAUUCUCAGCCACCUUGGACUGGUACAAGGACGAUGGCAAACAGUCGUGUGGAUGGCAAAGAAGCUUGUUGAGGGUGGACGACGUUCAAUCGAGCCUCCUGUGCAACUCGGCGCGUCUACCAACAUGAUAUGGCCGGAAGUCCAGCCACGUUCCUUGCAGGACUUGACAAACGGUCCUCUUCGCCUUGAGCGAGUUCGUCCUUCGCAGAAGUUGAAUCUCACCUUGGACGAACUAACUUCUGCCCCGGACACAAUCAACCUGCAACACACUGUGGUGAAACGAGCAUUAGGACAGCUUUGGAGGAGCUUAGGCAAUUUGAUAUUGGUCGCUGCAGAGCGAAGCAACGCGGAAGAGGACACUGUGAUGCCACACGUUCUGGAGAUAAUCGCUUACCUGCAUCACGUAGGCUUCAUGCCGGACUCUGUUUACACGUACCGGCCCCACGCCAACAAACAUGCCCUGCAACAGCCUCCAACACUCCAUAUGCUGUCUUCGACAAUUCUUACAGCUUUGUCUGAUGCGACAUGGAAAGCUCACGAAGCUUCUGUCAAAGUCGCCAAAGAACGCAUGAACGCGCAAUACUUUCUCGGUCAUGAGAUCCCUGGUUCACGCUACAAAGUUCAGGUCACAGAGAUAGCACCUGAGCUGUGGCUGGAGCUUGUUCUCUGGUCCUGUCUGCACGGUGGCUGGACACUAGACGGCAUUGCGAUUCUAAAGCAGCUACUUGCUAAACGCGAGAGUAACAGCUGGGGACUCAUCAGUUGGCGUGAGAUCAUACAAGCUGAGCAAGCCACAACACCAACACCGUCAAGAAGAUGGAGUCUAUUUCCCAUGAGAGGGGACGCGUCUGCAAGUGCCGAAGACCGAGCUAAAACGAGACGAACUAUCAGUAGCGAGAUCGUGACUGCCUUCAUAGAUAGUCUCGUCAACCAGAUGAGAUUAGGCGUUGGUGCUCGAGGCACCAACCCGGAGACGCUGGUGGAUCAUAUCAAAAGCCUCAAACAGUUUCUCGACUCCAGCAACCUUAGUCUUGGUUCGGCGGCUUGGGACUCUAUUAUGGUACGUCUUCUUGAGUCUGGUGGGUUUAUCCCGGAGAAACGGCCUGAGCUCCUUCUACGCAUAUUUGACCUUGCCACUGGAUUCGGCGCAGAGGUUAGCACCGCAAACGUUUCUGCUGCCAAUGACGUCGAGGUUCCAUACUUUUUCGAGCCCACUACUAUACCCUUGAGCCUGCUCCAUCAUACGCUACGUGUAUACAUCGGAAAAGGAGAUAUUAAAAGUGCUAUGACAACCUUGAUGCUUCUCCAGCAGUACACGGAUAGCAACAAACAGAAAUCGGUGCAACAAUUCUUCGAGACAUUGAAGAGUGCUCCUUCACGGCAAGCGGAACCCUUCACUAGUCGACUACCACCAGUUGAUUUUCCAGCCUUUGACGCGAAACUACCCAUUCCCGUGCUUGCGAAGCUACUGAAUCUGGCCACCGAGUCGAAGCUGUAUGACCUUGGGCGGUGGUUUCUUAAUUCUGGAGACUUGGACGGUCCACUGAUUGGUCGCGAUCUUUACGGCGAUCGGAACAUUGCUGCGUCUAUCAUACAAUUCGGUAGUCUGGCAGGGGAGAAUGAUUUGGUCCUCAAAGUCAUCAAGAAGAGUGGAGUUUGGGAUUCAAGGGCCAAACAACAGCGCAUGCCUGCUCAGAUUCUGACUGCGCUUCUACGUAGCCAAAUCCAGCUUCGUCGCUGGGAGUCUGUGAAAGGCAUGCAGAAAUACGUCGAGGAGUCCUUCACGUUCAGACCGCGCCCAGUGAUAUUGUCCACCUUUGCUGCAGAGCUUCUUCGCACCUCUCGAGGGACGAGUGAUGAGAAGAUGCAAGCUCAACAAGCUUUCACAGGAUUGUUAUUUGGCUGGGAGAGCAUUAUCCUCAGAAACAUUCGAAACGAACUGUACUGCGCUUUGGCGAUCAUGUCCACUGUCGACGGCGGGUGGAAGGAGUACUGUUCUCGAUUUCUGGCACUCAACGCGCGCCAAGGCAUUAAGCUUUCUACGGACGAUUUCAACCAGAUGCUUAGCGGCGUUUUAGACGGAUAUGGUAGCUCCAAAGGCAAAGAAAUCGUCGAGAGAUGGUGCUACACGCUGCCGAAGAAUUUUGGCUCCUACAGAGCACCUGGUGGACUACUGACUAUGCCUCGCUUCCGACCCGGCAAAGGCGAGGAGUACGAGGACCGACCCGAAGACAUUGAAGUGGUCCAAGCCUCAGGUGCGAGACUUAUCCUGCAAGGACGAGUCCAUCCAAACCGACAGACUGUGUGGGCCAUUUUACGGAAAAUUCAGGAGGAAAUCGGCGAGGACUCAACAGCCGCUGCACGCGCAAAAGUGCGUGAUACGCUGAAGUGGGCAGCUCGCCUACUCUACUACCUAGGCCUCGACUAUGAGGAUACCAUUCGUGACCUUGGCAGCCUUGCAGAUCUUGCCGAGCUUGAGGCUCCCGCGGCGCCUAACGAACUUGGGUAUGUUCAAGGCGCACAGCAUGACUUCUUUCCGCAUCUUGCAUAG